AUGGGUCAGCCAUGUGCUUCUUGUGACUGCCAUCUGCCUCAGUUGUUCUACACCACCAACCAAUACAACAUCUCUACCCGCGUCACUGUCCCACAUAAUGCACUUGACAAUCCCUUUGCUCAAGAUGCUUUUUGCUGGGUUGCUAAGAGGAAAUACACUUCAGGCCUGUGCAGUGGCCAAGUGUGUAUCAUUAAGUGGUUUAAGACAGGUGCAGUCUUCUUGGAUGAUUAUUUCACCCUUGACAUUAAGGUGAUUGACAAGGCAUUGGAAAUUGUUAACAGGUUCAAUCAGCUUGACAUUAUUACUAAAGUUGUUAAAAUCAACAUUGCUGCUGUCUGGAUCUUUGAAGACAACACCUCUGAUAAAUGGGCUGGCCAGAACAAUCUGUGUGAGUCUUUUAUCCAGAAUUACCAAAAAUUCAACAGCAACAGUGGGUGGAAUGAUGGCUCACAAGGAUGGGGGAAAGUAAUGCAAGCCCUGAGCCACUUUAGCUACCAUCCUUCUGGUGGGAACUAUGUUCUCUGUGACCUCCAAGAUGGUGUCUACCAGCAUGAGGUUGUCCUCUCUGACCCUGUCAUUUUAUUGCAGAAUCAGGAGUAUGGUGUCACUGAUCUAGGCUCUGAUGGGAUCAGUUUCUUCUUCAGCCAGCACAAAUGCAACAACUACUGUUAUCCCACUUGGACACAGCCUGCUCGCCCAGUUCAGCAUUUCUGCCCAGUCCCAGGUACAACCAUGAUUCAACAAGAACUCCAGAGAGUGCAAGUUGGAGAGAUUCUGAAGCCAGGGUCAGAGGGGCAGAAAGGGGAUCCACUGCACUGGGCAAAAUCAACAGACAUGGAGCAUGGAGCAGCAAACCUGGACUAG